AUGUACAAAAAGGAUUCGUCUACUCGACCUUUACUUUCCCAUGAUGUUCGACGUAACAAUAACAAGGCUAGACUUGCCUUAACUGCUUCAGCACUUGCCUUCUUUGGUACAACAUGUGUUUAUCUUUCUAACCAUUUACCUGCCAUUGGGGUUACCAACGUGAAUACGCAAGGAUUAUCAUGGCACGAAACGAAUAAGGUAGUUUCACCCGGCAUCUCCAUCGCCUCUUUUGAACAAGGAAUUGAAAAAUGCCAAUAUUCUAUCGAAAGAAGUGAAGCUGAAACAAAUACUACCCGUACCAGACAUCGUAAUCCUCGUAGCGCUGCCGCUUCCGAUAUUUUGAUCCGCAAUGGUCAUAUCUGGCUUGGCGAUCAAUACUUGGAAGGCGGCGAUGUUUAUCUCAAGGAUGGUCUUAUUGCUGCGAUUGGUAAAGAUCUCCAAGUCGAUAAGCAUGUUCGCGUUUUAAAUGCUGGUGGACGUGUGGUUACACCUGGUAUUAUCGAUAUGCAUUCUCAUAUGAUGGUGGAUAGUUUGAAUGGGUUAAGGGGCUCUGAUGAUACAAACGAAAUGACUUCUCCUACUACUCCCUAUGUCCGUGUGAUUGACGCCAUGAGUCCUACUGAUCCCGGGUUAAAGAUUGUCGCUAGUGGUGGUAUUACCACAUCCUUGAUUCUCCCUGGGUCUGGUAAUCUUAUGGGCGGUGAAGCUGCUGUAAUUAAGCUUCGUCCUGUAUCCACACUUUCCAAUCAAGAAAUGUUGAUUGGGGCAGGUGUUUCGGAUGAAGAUCAGGAGGUUGUUUGGCGUUAUAUGAAAAUGGCCUGUGGCGAAAACCCCAAGGGUUAUUAUGGUGCUGAAUUAAACCAAAUGCCCAUGACUCGUCUUGGUGAAAACUAUUUAUUCCGUCGUCGUUUCGAGGAAGCACGAAAAUUGUUGGAGAAGCAAGAUAAUUGGUGUGACGCCGCAGCUCGGAUCAAAAAGACUUUUCCCACCAACGCUAAGUUUGAUGAAGAUUCAGUAACAAGACUCACCGACAGUUACCCAGAAGAUCUGAGCUUGGAGAGUUUAGUAGCUCUUUUACGUAAGCAAGUCAAUUUGAAUAUUCAUUGCUAUUUACCCCAAGAUAUUGAAGCCAUGGUGCAUCAUUCUCUUGAAUUUGAUUUUGAAAUUGGUGCUUUUCAUCAUGCCCUCAGUGCAUGGCAAGUCCCUGAAAUUAUCAAGCGUGCGAAAACCAAUAUUACAAUUGCUACUUUUGCAGAUAUGUGGGGUUACAAGGCCGAAGCCUGGGAUCAAAAUGUACAUGCACCUAAAAUUCUGGAUGAAGCCGGUAUCCCAGUUGCAUUCAAGAGUGAUCAUCCCGUAACAAAUGCUCGUGAUUUGAUGCAUGAAGCACAAAAGGCAUAUCAUUACGGAUUUAAUGAACACAAAGCACUUCAAUCACUGACCACUGUUCCUGCAAACUCUUUGAAGUUAGGACAUCGUAUCGGUAGCAUUGAUGUUGGUAAAGAUGCAGAUAUCGUUAUUUGGGAACGUCAUCCUCUUCGUUUAGGUGCUCGUCCCAAGCAUGUUAUUAUUGACGGUGCCGAAAUGGAUUUCCAAAAAUCAUGGACCAAGACCGUCACCGAACAAGAUUUAGUUUUACAAAAUGUCAUGAAGGCUGAGACCACCAGAGAGUUUGAUACAGAUGAAGAGAGACAUUACUUACCUCCAUUUUCAGAGAGCUCAAUGCAUCUUGAAGAUCAUGGUUUAGAUAAUCCUAAUACUUUUACGGAUGCUUGCUCACAAGGCGUCGAUUCUUUCGUAUUACGUAAUAUUAGUCAAAUCUAUAUGAACUCUAGCAACACUUUGGAUGCCAAUGUUUCUGGCCAAGGAUUAUAUAUGGUUGUGAAAGAUGGUCAAGUUUCUUGUAUGGGUACUGAUUGUGAUCGUGAUCACAUUGAAUGGCCUCUUUCAAGUCCUGUCUUUGAAAUGGGUGGCGCUGUUAUUAUUCCUGGUAUUGUAUCUAUGGGUGUGCCCCUUGGAUUAAUGGAGAUCCAAGCUGAAGAAACAACACAGGAUGGAUAUGCAAAGAAUGAUGUUACAGAUGCUGAUAUUUCCAAGAAUAUUGUCCGUGCUGUGGAUGGUCUUAAAUUAAACGGCUUACAUCUUCAAAAAGCAUAUAAAGCAGGUGUGACAACAUCCGUAUCUCAACCAAUGGUCGGAUCCGAUGUCCUUGCUGGUAUCUCUGUUGCAUUCCGCACGGGUGUUGAAAACACCAUUUUGGACACUGUGGAUGCAUUAGUCAAAGAGGAAGCUGCAUUGAAUUUCGUGAUUCAACAUUCAUCUGCUAUGACUGUUUCAAAGCAAAUUGCUAGUAUUCGUGAUUUAUUGGUUGAUAACAUUAAGAAAGAUCCCAGCCGUAACGUGUUUGCUCGCGCAGUUCAUGGUGAAAUCCCAGUUGUAGUACAAGUUGAUGAUAAGGACGAAAUUGCAUCCAUUUUGUUGAUAAAGCAAUCUAUUGCAAAGGAACACAAACUGGAUGUCAAGUUUGUUAUUCUUGGAGGAGCUGAAUCACAUCUUGUAGCCGAACAUUUAUACCGAUUGGACGUUCCAGUGGUAUUGAUGCCUGCACGUUGUUAUCCCACCUCAUGGCAAUCGAGAUUCUGCUUGACAGGGCCUCCCGUCACCCCCAGCACUGUUUUAGAUGUUUUAUUAAAGAAUGGAGUCCGUGUUGGUUUAGGAAGUACUGACAUGGAUAAUGGUGAUGCUCGUAACUUGAUUUGGGAAGCAGGCUGGAAUCUUGCUCAUAACCCACAUUUAUCUACACAAGAUGCUGUUGGUUUAGUGACUUGGAAUUUGGCCGAGAUUUUCGGAUUGAUUGACCAAGCCGAUGGACCUGGUGUUUUAAAACAGGGUCGUAAGGCAGAUUUUGUUGCUUAUAAUAGCAAUCCUUUUGAAUUUGGGGCUCGUGUUUUAAUGGUCAAUGGCGGAGGACAUGUUGGACCCACUUGUUUCCCCAAGCAGGUUUAA